GUCUGGAGAAGUUAAUAACAAAUCCAUCAAAAAGGUACGAAUGUAUGAGAAUGAAUUCUCGAUUUGUUACACGUUCCUGCUCGUUCAACAUUAAAUUCCUAAUAAUCCCGAACGCUCGAGAAGUUAAUAACUCGCCGAGCAGGUCGAAGAUCCAAGAAUUCCGAUGGAACAAAUCGAUAAAGUCAAACGGUCGUCCGAUGUUACAGGUGACCGACACGAACGACAAUGCACCGACGUUCCAGAGCACCGCGUACUCGUUCGACGUUCCGGAGAACAUGCCAAGAGGAAGUCGAAUAGGUCAGGUCGUCGCCACGGACGCAGACGCCGACGGACCUAACAGUCAACUGAGCUAUACCCUGAUUUCCGAUUGGGCCAAUGACGUCUUUUCUCUGAAUCCUAGCACCGGCGUGUUCACGCUGACGGCCAGCCUUGACUACGAACAGGUUCGUAUGUAUAUGUAUAUAUGUACGACCGGGACACGUCGAUCCUCUAGGAACGGCAUUUAGAAAGCGUGUAAAAUGAUUUUGGAAGACCGUUCGCACGCGAUCGGUCGCUUUCACGUUCGAACCUUCAACAUUUGUCGGACGCGUCUAUUAUUCGUAAAUCACCGAUGAUGCCUUUUCGUUUCGAUUCUGUACGCGAUUUCGAUUAACCUUGUUCAAUUAACGACAGACGAACGAGACUCUCUUUCAGGUCAUUAAGUUUAGUAUCGCAGCUCACAAUUCUCAACGAUCGACACCUUUCAUAAAGUCUUAGAUUUCUUGUAUUUCUAUCUUUUGUAAUAGCCAAACGAUUUACAACUGUUUAUGUAAAAUAAGAUUUUUAAAUUUAACGAACUAAAGAAAAUGUGAUUUGUACAAUUGAAUAUAUAGACUUGAUUAUUUAACUGGUGAUGGUAAGUUAAUUCAUCAGUGAAAAACUGAACAAUUUUUAAAGGCAAAGUAAAGUUAAGUGUGACUAGAAGUAUAAUAUAAAUAAAUGUUUAGAAUCGUAAGUUUUAAUUAAAUAACCCAGGAUUGUACUUGAGAGUUGAAAAUUUCUUUCUAGGAAAAUUUGGAAAAUAUUGUUUCCUUUUUUUUUUUAUCGAAAAAAAGUAUUUUAUGUGCCAAUAGGAAUAUUGUAGUAUGCAGUACAUUCUUUCUUCAGUAUUUCUCUUUAUAAAUAAUUACCAAUAGUAUAAAAAAAUAAUCAUCAUUGGUAAGUUUAACGUCAUCCACGUAGAGAAAAUUGUAAGUGUCAAUCCACGUAGAGAAAAUUGUAAGUGUCAAUUGAAGAGCAUUUAUAAUAUUUUUUAUAAGUAUCAAAUUUUUCAGUCCAAAAUUAAUGUAUUUAUAUAUUUUUAAUAAUAACAGUAUUUACUUAAGAAUAAAAUAGAA